AUGCGCCGCCACAAUGACGGCGGAGCGGUUGUGGAGUGGUUCGUUCCCUCGCAUGACGACAUCCGGCGGGAGAAUGUCCGGGAGUGGCUGUUGUGGGCGCUGUUCUCCUCGACCCUGGAACAUGCGUCGCCCGAGUGGGACGGGGAGAUCGAGGAGUAUCUGGAUCUGAUUGAACAGGUGCUGGGUAGGAAGCUUGCUGAAGGGAGAGGGCCUGUGAAGAGCAUACGACUCUCGUUUGACGAGGUUGAGUUUGCUUAUCGACCGUUGGUGUGGUAUAUGGCGAAUCGUGGCGCUCGUGGAUACCAGUACAUCACUCAUCCUUCUCAGUCUGGGAUUCAAGCACUAUGCCCCUUCUCGCCCCAACACUUCGUCUUCCCCCCUCGGAUCUUGUUAUGGAUGUUCUCUAGGCCUGGGGUCACACCUCACUAUUCAUAUUGGUUCCGCCCCGGGCGACUCAGUCACAAGCGCGAAUCGUUCGUUUUUUUGCAUGGAAUUGGUAUCGGGCUGCACCCAUACCUUCCAAUGCUACGAGAGAUCGUCAAAGCGGACCCGUCCCGAGACAUCCUCCUUGUAGAAUUUCUGCCUGUCAGUAUGCGCAUUACUGGUCCUAUGGCGUCUCGUCAAUGUACCGUAGAAGCGAUGAACGACAUCCUUGAUAGCCUCGAACUGAGGCAGGUCGUUCUCGCUGCCCAUUCGUACGGGACGUUUCUCGCUGCGUACAUCGUGGCCGAGCCAGCCGAAGAUGGCCCUGUCGAUGAUCCAUGCAAGGACCUCAAUGACAAAGUGGUUUCGCUCGUCCUGAUCGAUCCGAUCCCGAUUCUCUUGCACCUUCCAACAGUCACCUACAACUUCCUCUACCGCUCUCCUCGGCGGGCAAACGAAUGGCAGCUAUGGUACUUCGCCAGCAGCGAUGCCGACGUGACAAGAAUGCUGAGGCGGGGAUUCUUCUGGGAGGAGGGUUGUCUAUGGCGCGAGGAUCUGGAGCGAUUCAUCGGCGAGGGCAGCUCUCGCCGCCAAGUUUCCGUUGUGAUAGGUGGUGCGGACCAGAUCAUACCCAGCGCUGCUAUCAGAGAGUAUCUAUCCGACGGUUCAGAUGAUUGGGUCUCCAACGCUGGUCCCUCGGAACGAUGGGCAAACAGCGAUGAGACUCUGCAAGUGAUCUGGUUCCCCAAUCUCGACCACGCGACCGUUUUCGAGACAAAGGAACGGCGAAAAGUCCUGAUGCGAGUCUUAGAUCCAAAACCUCGUUUUACGGUACUGUCACUAGCUAGAUAUACACGGUAGGAUUAUCAUAUAUUAUUGUACCUUA